CUUAACAAUUAAAAAUUUUGAUCCUAAUUGUAAAAAUAUCCAAAUAUAAUCAAUAUAUAGUUAUCAUAAAGUGUAAAUCACAUUCAAAUCAUGUUUAAAACACCACUGACAGUUGAAUCUACUGCUUUACAAGUCCAGGAACGACUACAGCAAUUGUUUAGUUUAGUGGGUGAUAUAGAAAAGGAGAGAUCAAAAAAUGAUCAAAGCAUUAUUGGUUUGAAAAAACAACUAGAAAAAGUGAUACCAGAUGACUUUGUCAACACAAAUCAGUCGCAACGUUUCAAGAAUAUGUGCAAGAAUAUAAUCAAUGAAUCAAAACAUGAAGAGGAAUUAUUACGAUUAGCACUGACAAAAAUAAAUGAAAUUCGAACUAUAAGAAAUGAGCAUAGAAUACAAGCCAGAAAUGCUGCCAUUAAACAAACAAUAAGAAGAACAGAACUACUGGAUUUGCUUCAAAGAGAUGCUAAAACAUUACCUUUAUUUGUUAGUAGAUAUGGUGAAGUUCCUCCACCUCUGUGUGGUGCCGUUCCAGCUGAGAAUAAUUAUAUUUCAAAGCCUGGUGAUAUGGUAGCAGCUUUUGUAAAAACAUCUGAUAGUGAAGAAAACUGGAUAUUGGCAAAAGUAGCUAGUUGGAACUCUUCUUCUAAUAAAUAUGUGGUUGAAGAUGUAGAUGAUGAGCAGAAAACUCGUCACACUAUUAUUAAAUCAAAAGUUGUUCCAUUGCCUCUAAUGCGAGCCAAUCCAAAAACUGACGAGCUGGCAUUAUUUCCCAUAGGAACAGUGGUUAUGGCAUUAUAUCCGCAAACAACUUGUUUCUAUAAAGGAGUUGUCCACGAGUUACCAGUGGAUCAUACUGAUUAUUACAAGGUUAUAUUUGAGGACUCAGAAAAGAAUCCUGAAGAAGUUCCUCAACAAUAUGUAAUUGCUAUCAAGCAAAGCAAAAGUUAUAAACUAGCAGCCUGACAGGAUCAGCCAGGUACAAGCAAGGAAUUGAAUAACAAAAUUAAAUGUUUUAGCCCUAAUAUUGAUGUAAGUGAAACAUGUGAAUUAGUUAAAGAUAUGAUAGACAUAAAUGAUUUAAAUUAUGACAUUGAAAAUAAUAGCAUUGAUAUAUUUGAUGAAUGAUCUCUAAACCUUAUUACAAGCUUAUAAAAUGACUAAGUAUAAAUAUAUAAGAAAA